UCGUACAAGGCACUCCGGCUUUCCCAACACCGUAGUAGGCCCGCCGAUAGGGCCUUCUGCAUUCCAGCGGAGCCGAGGCGAGGGUUAAAAAACUCCCAUCGAGGGGAGUUACAGACGGUGAUUUCGGUUUUGAUUGCGCGCAAGGUGCCUCUCUUCCUCCCUCUCCCGCUCUUAGUCUAGGCUCGCACAGUACCGCAACCAACAGGUAGAUAGAAGAGACCUAGCCAAGCGGACGCAGGCAAAGGUAAAAAGCCAUUGCACUCUGGUACUAUGGUCUAGGGUCAAUAGAAGGGCGAGCGAGCUAUACAUAACGUCGUAGAGCAGGUGUCCCUUUUUGGUAGCUGUGGGCGGGUGGUGUUAGAAAAACGGUAUUUAAAGGGCCGGGGUGAAAUAUGCGGGCGAAAACAGCGAUACUGAUCACAGUGCUCAUAAAUGGCGUCUUAUCCUUGCCAUUACUCACAGAAAUUCAAAGAGCCACCAAUUUAACUUCACCACUACAAACUGUCAAAUCACAUUCAUUGAUAUCUCAUCCGCAAACCGAUUUAUCCAGCGCUAAAGAUCUGACAACUCAGCAGACGGAAAAUAUCAGACAAAUCAUAGCUGCCGAAAAAAGGAGCUAUGAACAAAGAGCUAAGGAGACUACAGCUACAUCAAACAAUGCGAAAAAACACGAUACCUCAUUGGUGGAUAUCGGUGAGGACCGAUAUAUGACUUUGGAGGAGUUCAGAAGCAAAUGUCAACAUUUUUCCAGAUUAUUUGGACCACCACAAAAUGACAACAAACCUACUGAUCGUUCUGAUAGAUACAGCAGCACUGUCAGCACACCGGUCAAAUCCGAAUAUAUUGACAAGUCUGUGGUUGAAGUGACAAAAAGGCCGGUUUAUAUCAGAAAUAAACCUACCUUUAUUCAGAAAACCAACGGGGGAUUUUAUGUGACAACAUCAAGCAAAGACGAUUUCAGUUCAACUAAAAGGCCUUAUUGGGUGAGCAGUACUCACGCACCUGUGUCGAGUACAGUAUACGUUAGUUCUACCGGUCCUCCGCCUCUAUUUACUACGAGUACUACUCCCACACCAACUGUACAUAUCGAAGGAGAACCAAUAAUAGCAGAGAAAGACGGUCUACCUGCAACGCCUCCAAUCAAUAUUAGAUACACCAAGUUUGAACCGGUUAUUCUACAGAAAACUAUACUGAGUGAUGGUAGAGUGUUGUACCAUUGGCAUAAAAGUCUUCCUACGUCGGCUAUAAGUUUACCAGCGCCCAUAGCCCAAAUCGUACCACCCUAUCAAAUAGCUCCCGCUAUUGUCGCACCAGGUAGUGUUGUCAUGCAAGAGCAAAGUACCACUACAGAACAGGCAACUACAACAACGGAAAAAUCCAGUUGGUUAUUUGUUCCUUUCAGUAGUUUCUUUGGAGGAUCUCACCAUGAAGAAGAGACAACGGUAGAGAGUUCUUCAUCUACACCACCCACUAGUACUAGCACGCCUGAUUUACCUUCAAGCACCAAGAAUACACCUAAACCAAUUCCUAACAGUUUAAAUGCUCAAGACGUUAAAUUACAGCAGCAACUGAAAUUUGUUAUCCCCGUCCAUUACGAUGACAUCGAUUCAACAAUAUCUUCCCAAAACAAGCCAAUAGACUACGAUAGAUUCGCGUACUACCCGAAAGCGUUACGACCAAACAACCCAGCUCUAGGUCAACCAUCUUUACCACUGAUCAAAGGUUUGGGCGUUCCUCAGCGGUACAAUUUAGCGUAUACUGGAGCAGGGUAUGGUUUGAAUCUCAAUAACGGAUUGUACCAUAGGUAUGCCAAUGGUUACGGACAAGAAUACCCUGGAUUACCGUUAGGCAAAGAAAUAAGAAGUUUAGAUGAUGUAUCGAUACAAGAAUAAUUUUUUGGACAGGUAAAAUGAACAUUACACAGUGUCCAAUUAAAAAGCUUUACAAAAUGUAGACCAUAGAUAAAUAAAACAAAUUUAGAUUGAUAGUAGACAAUGUAAAUAUUUUUGGCGCUGUUCUUACAGCGGAUGCGAUCCAAAGCUUUUCCUUUUUCAGAUUUCAGAGCAGUUCAGCUUUUUUCGGCAUUAUGUCGCCAAAUAUUUUAUAUUCAAAUUUAUUAUUACUUUCUUUUAUUUUCGUAAAUAAAAUACAGUGUGUUUAACAAUUAUUAAUUCACGGUUGGAAAAUACAUGAAUCGUUGGUUUUCGCAGUUUUCCACACAUUUUUUUAAUAUCACUUUUUAAUAUCACUUCUACAAUUAUCACGGUAGUAAAUAAAAUUUAAAUUAAACGAAGAAAUUUUUUCAGCAAAGAAAGUUUUAAAUUUUGCUGAUUUUGAUUUUGAACAGGGAAAAUGCUCUCUGUCCGUGUUUGUGGUCAUUCUUAGCAAUCGCUAGUAGCGGUCUACGAAGUAUGUUUACUAUAAGAAUAAUAAAUACUAUCUAAGAAUUAUGUUUUGGCGGGAAGUCGAGCAUUCCAAUCUAAAUGUAUUUUCUUUAUCUAUGAUGUAGAUCAAAUCUAUGACAAUAUAGUCAAAGAUCAUCAAGCUCAAUUUGCUUUAAGCAUUUAUUUUUUUAACUUAUUCAUUAUACUACCUAUCAACAUUUUUUCUCUUUAGUGAGUAAUAAAAGUUACUUUAUAUUAUUCAAUUUUAUAUAAAAUCAAUUAAAAUGUUAUAUGAUAUCAUGGUAUCAAGGUUGCUUCAUCUUGACUUAAGUAUUUAAUUUUAUAUAUUUUUUUACUGAUUUACUGUAAGUUAAUUACACUAUCUCCUAUUUAUUAAUUAAUUUAUGUAUGAUCAAACUACCAUUACCUACCUCAUAAAAAAGACUGAUUGAAUAGUAAAUAUUUUAGAAUAAGAAAAAUAUAUUAAGUAAUUUUGUGUACAUUUUUUUUGAUUUAGGCUAUAAGUUAAUAUUUCUAUUAUAGGGAACAUGGCCAAUACUUUCUCAAAGAAACAUUUUUUGGCCUUUCUAAGGGUAAAAGGGAUCUCUUUCUUUUAACCUCUAAAAAGCUUUGUAAAAUAUAUCUGUUAUGUAUCUUUAAAAGAUAUCAUAUGGCUGGAAUGGUGCAAUUGCUAUACUUUAUAUUGUUUUAUUACUGUUACUAAUUAUUAUACUUAUUUACUAAAUUUAUAUUCUAAGAAAUAAAUACUUUAUAUAUCACA